GGUUAUCACUAAGGUACAACCAAAAACGGUUUUAUUCUUUCUUUCUUUCUUGAUAGAAAACCGGUAGUUGCAGACUAAAAGAUUUGCAGUUGCUGGACAAGGGAGGAGCCACAGCCUCAUAGAUAAGUCCUCUCCAUUAUCAUAAACUACCUCCGCCCACCCCACUGUAGAUCUCUCUCUAGCUCGCUCGCUCACUCUCUCUCUCUCUCUCUUUCCUCUGUUAAUUCAGUUCUGGACAGCGCCGGGUACUGAUGCUGCUGCUCCUGUAGUCGCAUCUAUCCUGGGGGCCUCCUCCCACUCAUCACACCUCGAGAAUCCGCACGUAGAGCUGCUCGGUCUCUGUCGCAGAAAAGUCUCCGCAGUACUGCAUCGGAAUAAGGGCUCAGUGCAAAAAAUCUUCUUCAGCUGUAUUCGUGGCUGUGAGUGUGGCGCUUUUCAGCAUCAGCGCAAAGGAAGUUCUGUUCAGUCGUGCGGUGGGUGAUGCUCUGAGAUGCGUCGUGUUUAGCGCACGGUACACUGAUUUAUUCGCCUAGAAGAGAGAAUAGAAAACCCAACAGUGACUGAGGCGUAUUUUAACUUUGUCUGAUAUUGAUUCGGAUUUGCUUGGGAGAUCUUGAGCAUCAGGAUGCUUUGACGGGCGCUCUCCAAACGGGUUACUGAAGAUUUCGCCUUCAACAGAAAAAAAAAAAAAAAAAAAGCAUCCGCUGACAGUUUGGAAGGAGGACAAGCAGCCUCUCUGCACAGGAUUUAAAACUACCGUCGCUUCUGCAUCUUUCUGAACCUAACGAGGAUAGAUUUUAACAGAGGGAGAGAUGAAAGUUUCUUCAGCAGUAUUGUUUCUGUUCACAUUUUGGAGUCUGGAGUGGGAGCCUGUGCUUCCCGAUUCAAUUAUUCACAUUGGGGCCAUUUUUGAUGAGUCUGCCAAAAAGGAUGAUGAGGUGUUCCGCAUGGCGGUGGCAGAUCUCAACCUCAACAAUGAGAUCCUGGAGACAGAGAAGAUCACUGUGUCCGUGGAGUUUGUAGAUGCAAACAACCCUUUCCAAGCAGUGCAGGAAGCCUGCGAGUUGAUGAACAGAGGUAUCUUAGCCUUGGUCAGCUCUAUCGGCUGUAUGUCUGCGGGGUCGCUGCAGUCUUUAGCUGACGCAAUGCACAUCCCGCACCUCUUCAUCCAGAGGGCACCCACGGGCACUCCUCGCUCUAGCUGCCCGCCCACCAGUCGCGCCCAACCAGAUGACUACACUCUCUUCGUCCGGCCUCCCGUCUACCUAAAUGAUGUCAUCUUCCAAGUGGUGAUGGAGUACACCUGGCAGAAGUUCAUUAUCUUCUACGACACUGACUAUGAUAUCCGGGGCAUAGAGAACUUCCUUGACCAGACGUCUCAGCAGGGGAUGGAUGUGUCUCUCCAGAAGGUGGAAUCCAAUAUUAACAUGAUGAUCACUGGAAUGUUCCGCACCAUGAGGGUGGAAGAGCUGCAUCGCUACAGGGACACACUGAGGCGUGCUGUGCUGUUCAUGAGUCCCGCCACAGCAAAGGCCUUCAUUACUGAGGUGGUGGAAACAAAUCUUGUGGCUUUUGACUGUCACUGGAUCAUCAUAAAUGAGGAGAUUUCAGACAUGGAUGUGCAGGAGCUGGUGAUGAAGUCUAUAGGUCGCCUGACCCUGGUGAGACAGACCUUCCCUCUCCCACAGAACUCCAGCCAGCGCUGCGUUCGGAACAACCACCGCAUCAACACGUCCCUCUGUGACCCCAAAGACCCAAAGGCACAGAUGCUAGAGAUCACCAACCGCUACAUCUACGACACAGUGCUGCUGCUGGCCAACACUUUCCACAGGAAGCUAGAGGACAGGAAAUGGCACAGCAUGGCAAGUCUUUCGUGCAUCCGCAAGGGCUCCAAACCCUGGCAGGGUGGCAAGUCUAUGCUGGAUACUGUGAAGAAGGGAGGUGUCAGUGGACUGACAAGCUUUCUGGAGUUUAAUGAUAACGGCAUUAACCCCAACAUCUACUUUGAGAUCCUGGGCACCAACUACGGAGAGGACCGCGGCCGUGGAGUCAGCCGGCUUGCCACUUGGGACCCCAUCCAUGGACUGAACGGGACACUGACGGAUCGAAAGCUGGAGAACAACAUGCGCGGGGUGGUCCUACGGGUGGUCACUGUACUGGAAGAACCAUUUGUGAUGGUCUCAGAAAAUGUGCUUGGCAAACCUAAGAAGUACCAGGGUUUCUCAAUCGACGUAUUGGACGCCCUGGCCAACUACCUUGGCUUCAAAUAUGAGAUCUACGUGGCCCCUGAUCACAAAUAUGGCAGCCAGCAGGCUGAUGGAACAUGGAAUGGUCUUAUAGGAGAACUGGUUUUUAAGAGAGCAGAUGUAGGUCUGUCAGCCCUGACCAUCACUCCUGAGCGAGAGAGUGUGGUAGACUUCACCACUCGCUACAUGGACUACUCCGUCGGUGUGUUGCUGAGGAAGGCGGAGAGGACGGUGGAUAUGUUUGCAUGCCUGGCCCCUUUCGACCUGUCUCUGUGGGCUUGUAUAGCCGGCACAGUGAUACUGGUGGGCACUCUGGUGUAUCUCCUCAACUGGUUGAACCCUCCCAGACUGCCGAUGGGUUCAGUCUCCUCCACGACCCUCUACAACUCCAUGUGGUUUGUCUACGGCUCCUUCGUUCAGCAGGGUGGUGAGGUGCCCUACACGACUUUGGCUACAAGGAUGAUGAUGGGGGUUUGGUGGCUCUUUGCUCUGAUAGUCAUCUCCUCCUACACGGCAAAUCUGGCUGCUUUCCUCACCAUCUCUCGCAUCGAGAACUCCAUUCAGUCCCUGCAGGAUUUGGCUAAGCAGACAGACUUGCCGUACGGCACGGUUCUGGACUCGGCCGUCUACGACCAGGUUCGCAGUAAAAGCCUGAACCCUUUCGAGAGGGACCCGAUGUACUCGCAGAUGUGGAGGAUGAUCAACCGGACAGGAGGAGCCGAAAACAACGUCGAGGAAUCGAAAGAAGGCAUCAGGAAGGUGAAGUAUGGGCGUUUUGCAUUUGUGUGGGAUGCAGCUGUGCUGGAGUAUGUGGCCAUUAACGACGAGGACUGCUCGCUCUACACCGUGAGCAACAAUGUGGCUGACAGGGGUUACGGCAUCGCAAUGCAGCAUGGCAGUCCCUACAGGGAUAUCUUCUCUCAGAGGAUCCUGGAGCUUCAGCAGAAUGGAGACAUGGACAUCCUGAAGCUGAAGUGGUGGCCGCGGGACAGUCCGUGUGACCUGUACUCUCCUGUGGGCACUCGAAAGAAUGGCAGCGCCUUGGACAUCCACAGCUUUGCUGGGGUCUUCUUUGUACUAGCAGCCGGUGUGGUGCUCUCCUGUCUUAUUGCCACUGUGGAAACCUGGUGGACGCGAAGGAAGGGCUCCAGAGUGCCAUCGAAGGAGGACGAUAAGGAGAUCGACCUGGAGCACCUUCAUCACCGGGUUAACAGCUUGUGCACGGAGGAUGAGAGCCCCCACAAACAGUUCUCCACCUCCUCCAUCGACCUGACACCCCUGGACAUGGACUCCCUCCCGGCCGCCCGGCAGGCCCUGGAGCAGAUCAGCGACUUCCGCAACACGCACAUCACCACCACCACCUUCAUCCCCGAGCAGAUCCAGACUCUCAGCCGCAGCCUGUCGGCCAAAGCGGCAGCCGGCUUCGCAUUCGGCCCCGUGCAGGACCACCGGACUGGGGGGCCCUUCCGGCAGCGGGCUCCCAACGGCGGCUUCUUUCGCAGCCCCAUCAAGACAAUGUCCAGCAUCCCGUAUCAGCCCACCCCGGCCCCCAACUUUAGCUACGGCAACGACCCAGACAGGGGCACCUCCAUAUAGACUGCAGGGGUUCCUGGGCCUGUGAGUUGGAAACAAAAAAGAGAUAUAUGUAAAUACAAAUGUUCCUUUUCGGUUGUCGUUUUCUCUUGGCUUUGCUCUGCGCGACGGAGCUCGUUCGUCCCAACUGAACUCGCCGACAGGACGAGGGUGGAUUAAAAUGAUCUUUAUUGUCAUUGUGGUUUGUUGGGAGAUUUUCCUCUGUGAACUAAAUGAAUUUGCCUUUUGUUUGCCACAUUCGAUUCAAAUGUUGCAAUGAAUAGUAUGUUUACCGGUUUUUGGAAUCUUUUUUUUUUUUU